AAGAGUCGGACGGCUUUUCAAACCUUAUCGUCUAUAUAGCGCGCGCGAAUCUCGCGGUUUUCAAAUGUAACAAGCAGCAUUGUCUGCACAGGUGAACGCAACCAUUUUUUGUUGUUUUGUUUGGUGCCUGGUUUGUUUUGAGGUCUCAACUCAGCACACCGCACAUUAGCGAAUCGUGAAUUACAUCAGCUGUUGAUUCGUGGCCCUCAUAAACUACGAGAAAAAGACGAAGUUUCUGGAGCAACAUUUGGUGCGGCUUAUCAAUAAUUCAAACCGAGAAGCAGAAGUUUGAACCUUGACAUAAGCGGAAAAGAAUCAAUUCCAGUGUUGGUUAGAACGUGUGACCCGAGUGGUGUAUAGUACAGAAACUCCUUCUGCAAACUGCAGCAGAAGUGCCUCAGCUGGCACGUACAAGUGAAAGUGAAUCGCAAACUUUGCCGCAUGAUUUGACGUGAAAAAAAACGGAUCGUACGGUGAUUGAAGUGCCAGAGCGAAGAUAUAUUCACCAAAAAGGAGGUGGUAGUGCAGUGAACGCCUUCGAAGUGGUAGUGGAUCGAAGAUCUGAGAAGAUUCGGUUUCACUAAAGCCAAGAAACUUACCGUCCGAAAAUGAGUACCGGUGGUGGUGGUGGAGGCGGAGGCGGUGGCAGUGGAUCCGGCCCCAUGGGUCGAAUCGUCGACAAGAUCAAGCGUACGAUGACCAACGAAGGAGGAGAUGAGAUCCGUGACCCGCUGCAGUACGGCUAUCAGCGUGUUAAUACGGCUGAAGGCUCACUAUCGACAUCCACGACAGCAACCAGCUUGGACACGAUCGUGCUCGAUACCAACGCGGAAGACCUGGCCAGUGUGCCAGCGCGCGGUCUUGCAGCACAUCAACCGCAAAGAACUUUCAGCCCAAUACUCGAGACGGACGAUACGAAUCCGUUUCUGGAGGCAGGUGAAAAAACCAAAUCCAAAUCUUCGCUCAAGAGUUCGCGUGUAUCGUUCGACCAGGAAGAGGACCGGUUCGAUGAGGAUGAAAACAGUUUCCGUAAGCAGCGGGAACACUUUCAGAAGCACAAAAGCCACAGUACAUCGGAGCAUAAGACACAGUUAAUCAAGGAACUGCGACACCUGCUAGCGACCGAUAACAGAAGACAGUUCCAAGGCAAGAAGCAUGUAUCGCUCGAUGUGAAAAGUGCGAAGGUGCUCGAGCAGCUCCUUAAGGCUUCCUCGUCGUCGGACGACUUCGAGGGGCAAAGGAAAGAGUUCCAGGAGCGCAAACACAAGAGUCUCGAUGCGCGACACAUUUCGUUCAAGUUCGACAAGGAACCGUCCCCGUCCAGCAGCGAGGAAGACUUUGAACCCUCCACCAGUCUGCUGAGCAUUGAUGCCGACAUUACCAAGCCCGUCAUCAUUGACCUGAAGGAUCUAGAUUCGAGCGACGAGGAGGACUACAUCAGCUCACGCAAACAUUUCCAACAGUCCAAGUCAAUGAGUACCGAUUCACGGAAAAGCAUUCGCUUUCUCGAGAUGGAAAUGGGUACGAAGGAGGAAAACAUGCGCACCGCUGUACCGUUCGUGCGACAGAUCACCGAGGAAGGCAAACCAAAGCUAGAGGUGUAUCGGCCAACCACAAAUCCCAUCUAUAUCUGGACACAGGUACUUGCUGCCCUUUCGGUGUCACUCGGAUCUAUGGUGGUUGGAUUUUCGUCCGCCUACACCUCACCUGCGCUGGUAUCGAUGAAAGAUCGCAACAUUACCUCAUUCGAAGUAACGGAACAAUCGGGCUCUUGGGUCGGUGGUAUUAUGCCUCUUGCCGGUCUGGCCGGUGGUAUUCUCGGUGGACCGAUGAUUGAGUAUCUUGGACGCAAGAACACCAUCCUGGCGACGGCAACACCCUUCAUCAUAUCCUGGCUACUGAUCGGGUGUGCCACCCAUGUAGCAAUGGUACUCGUCGGUCGUGCACUGUCCGGUUUGUGCGUGGGUAUUGCUUCACUCUCUUUGCCGGUCUAUCUCGGUGAAACGGUUCAACCGGAGGUGCGCGGUACACUCGGUUUGCUUCCGACCGCGUUCGGUAACAUUGGCAUCCUGCUCUGUUUCGUCGCCGGCAAGUACCUGGACUGGUCCGGUUUGGCGUUUCUCGGUGCGACCCUACCGGUUCCAUUCCUCAUACUGAUGUUCCUUAUCCCGGAGACGCCACGCUGGUAUGUGUCGCGCAACCGGGAAGAACGUGCCCGUAAAGCCCUGCAGUGGCUGCGCGGCCGGAAAGCGGAUGUCGAGCCAGAGCUGAAGGGUAUCUCGAAGUCGCACCAGGAAGCGGAACGACACGCGUCCAAGAGCGCCAUGCUGGAUCUGUUGAAAAAGUCCAACCUGAAGCCGCUGCUGAUCUCGCUCGGUUUGAUGUUCUUCCAGCAGCUGUCCGGUAUUAAUGCGGUCAUCUUCUACACGGUGCAGAUCUUCCAGAGCGCGGGUUCGACGAUCGACGAGAAGCUGUGCACGAUCAUUGUCGGUGUGGUGAACUUCAUAGCGACGUUCAUCGCGACGGUACUGAUCGAUCGGCUCGGCCGUAAGAUACUGCUGUACAUCUCAGACGUGGCAAUGAUCAUCACGCUCAUGACGCUGGGUACGUUCUUCUACAUGAAAAACAAUGGCGAAGAUGUGUCCAACAUUGGUUGGUUGCCGUUGGCUGCGUUCGUUGUGUUUGUCGUCGGUUUCUCGCUCGGAUUCGGUCCAAUCCCGUGGCUGAUGAUGGGUGAGAUUCUCCCGGGCAAGAUUCGCGGUUCGGCCGCUUCCGUUGCGACCGCAUUCAACUGGAGCUGCACGUUCGUGGUGACGAAAACGUUUGCCGACAUUACCGCUUCCAUCGGUAAUCAUGGUGCGUUCUGGAUGUUCGGUUCGAUCUGUGUCAUCGGUCUUUUCUUUGUCAUCGUGUACGUGCCGGAAACGCAAGGAAAAUCCCUUGAGGACAUCGAGCGCAAGAUGAUGGGUCGCGUGCGGCGUAUGAGCUCCGUCGCCAACAUUAAGCCACUGUCGUUCAACAUGUAAAUGGACACACCUGUGCGUGUUGGGAAUGCGCUUAGUUUACUGGUACUCGAUCGCGCAUGCCAUAAGCGAAACACAGCUGAUGCUGGUUGCGCGUGAACCGGUGUUUGUGUAAUGUUUGCACACCAGACACAUAGGAGGGAAAGCAGCAUACAAGUACUAGAAUGUGAUAUGAUCCAAUAGAUUUGGUUUUUGCCAUCCGUGGCAGAUUUUACUCGAUUUCGUUUGUAGGUUUUAGAAGCAUCCACAAUCUUCUUUUUCGUUACACAAAAAAAAACAAAACGUUCCUCCCUGAUUUCGGUUUCUCCUAGUAUAUGUGUGGAGCUUCAUAUUUAAACCAAAAAAAAAAGGAAUACGCAGAUUUGAAGGACACUAACUAGUAGCAUGAUAUGUUCCAAUCAAAUUGGAUACGUUUAUAUAGAUGCUUACAGUGGGGAUGCUAUUAUAAAUCGUGUAAUGGAUAAUCCAUUAAAGUGCGAUAAAUGCAGGAAACGAACCUCUCAAUCGGGCAUUCAAUGAUCAAGUAUAGUGGCCGGCACAGCUGGAUAAAAUUGCCAGCAGGGAUGCAAAACGUUUUAAAACGCAGAAAUAGUGGUAGUAGUAGUAGUACCUCAUAUGUAAUGCAUGUUCCACCUGCAUUGGCGGUGCUUCUAAAGUAAUUUUAUAACAUUGAUGAUAAGUUUAACGAUCACAAUACACAAUCUGCACAUCCACGCUUGGCAGAAAACACACUUUAGUCUAGAUUAGAGAGCUGUGACACUUUGUUUCUUGCUUGCAUGUCCUCUUCGAGCGGGCAGCGAAACAUUUACUCACAGAGGAACGACAGGGUUUUUGUUUUUAGUUGUUUUAGAUACAUUUAUGGUUUAGUUUUGAAGAAUAUUUCCUUCUUUUCUGAGGUAGUGAAUGUAACGAUAGUAGAUGAACGUCUAACGACGUAUAUAUAUAAUUAGGAAGUACUUCAUAUCCCGGUGUGAACCGAACUGAACCUUCCCGAAAAACGAAUGUAUAUAGUAUACCGAGACAACAUAACUGGUAAUGAAAUGAAAAUUGUAAAACACAAAGCCACAACCAUUUUAUGCAGCAGGAUACAUUAUAUAGCAUGACACAACAAUUGGACCAGAAAAACACGGGUUUAUGCCGCGAAUUGGUUCACUCUAGUGGAACUGAACGAAAAUGGGAGAUAAAUUGUACGAAUCUCAUUAUUGGAAUGGUUUUCUUCGAGAAUGUUACAUUACAGCGGAUGGACCUGUCCAUUCUACCGUUCUUCAUUGUAUUUUUUGUGGUUAAAAUUAUACUGACACUGAGGUUCCUUUUACGAGAGCAGGGAUGUUAAUAAUAUUUAUUGAAAAUGCAUCAACAAUCCGAUUAGUUUAUAUUUUAGUGUUUUGUUUCCCUGAGAUUAGCUACGCAUCGUGUAUAGAAUUCCGAUAUGAACAAAAAGGAAACAAACAAUUUUAUGAAAACGGAUUGAAUCACAACAAUCUUUAGGUGACUUUUUUGGUGUACGAUCACCAACAGAUAUGGCUCGGUUUUGAAACCGGAGUUGAAGAGGAUGUCGCAGAAAAGAUAAUUGUUUUUUUCAGUUUUUUUUAUAAGAUGCAUAUUAGAGAUAAUACACCGCAUAUUUUUGUAACCGAACUGAACAAAGAAAAAUAAUAAAAUAGUUAUCAAAGUAGAUAA